UACCAACAAGGACUUCAUUCAUUUACCAACAACGGUUAUUGGCAUUACUUCGUAAAAAUACAAAAACAAGAAAUACAGAAAUGGCUACGACAACACAAAACACGGAUAAAUUUCCACCAAGAUACAGUAUGUCCGAUUGGCAUCAAUCAAACGUCUUGGUUCGCACAACAGCUCAAAGAUUGCGCGAUUCUUCUCACCGUAUCCGACAAGAAGGUCGUUGGCUAAGAAAUGAAAGCGAUAAUCACACAAGAUGGACUCAACACGACAGCGAUACUCGUAUGGAAGAAAGAAUAGACGAUGUGAACACCUGGAAGAAAGCGCUUGAAAAAUGCCUCAACGAUACAGACGAAGAAAUUCGAUGCUUGGAACGUGAAAAAGAACGAUGUGAACGCGCUUUGGAAGCAAAGAAGGUUCCGUUGGACAUUGCAUUAGAAUGUUUAAUGCUACGAGAGCAGAGAAUCGGAAUUGACCUUGUCAGGGAUCCUGUAGAAGCUAACUUAGGAAAGGAAGUUGAGGUAAUCGAGGGAUGUAAAGCACUACUUCAACAGAAGAUCAAUGAAGCUUCAGAACAAUUGUGUUUACUUCAAGAAGCUCGUCAGCAGGUGUUCCGCGACCUUACUGAUAAAAACAUCGCGUUUGAUAUAGACGGUGAAUGCUUAACUUUAAGUAACAGCUCAGCCAACAUCUGUUUCCAUCCCGAUCCAACUAGAACUGUGAAGGGAAGCGUUACACCUGAGACCUGGGACCAAUUCUCCAAUUACAACAAACUGCGAGCUGAGGCAGAGAUGCAGUCAUCACAACGACUGCGAGAGGCCAUUUUUACCACAAUACAGAAAACGGCAAACGACUUAGAAGCACAAAGACAGGCAACGGAAUUCAGUUACAGAAAACGUAUUCAUGAAACGGAACAAACAAAAAACGAACUGGAAUGGCAACAGAAAACGUAAACCAAGCAAGAAAUUGAAACUCUCGAAGGUGAUAUACUGCAAAUAAAACAAGCCAUUGAAGCGAAAAAAGCACCAAUGAUGGUUGCCCAAACAAGACUGGAAAACCGCACAUAUCGCCCUAACGUUGAGCUUUGUCGCGAUGCAGCACAAUACCAACUUUGUCACGAAGUUCGUGAGAUUGAGGGAACAGUGAAGGCUCUCGUUGAGAAAUUACAAGAAGCACAGAAUGCUCACAAUUCUCUGACUGACAACCUUCGACAUAUAGAAGAUGACCUGGGCGUUAAGGUCAAUUCACUGACAUUGGACAACAGAUGCAUGAGUUCACGACAGAAGUUAAAGGAGACCCCACAAGAUAUGACACGCAUGGAACUUUUUACGCCAUUGAAAACCGAAGGUCAUUUAAACCAUAAACCAGCCACACCCAUGACAACCACGGUGGAUACCGCUGCCCAAGAGAAUGCAGUGACGGGUCCAAUGACAGUGACGGGUCCAAUGACAGUGACGGGCCCAAUGACAGUGACGGGUCCAAUGACAAUGACGGGUCCAAUGACAAUGACGGGUCCAAUGACAGCGCCAGGGAUGACUCCACAAAGUAAUAUAAAUAGAACACCAUUGCUGACAAACUAACUUUUAUUAGCGGGAAUUUUGAAGAGUGAAGACUGACAAGAUGCUCAGUUAAAACUUUAAGUCCACAUUUACUCCUAGUAGCCUCAAUAGAUUAAUCAUGGAUAAAUGGUAUUUAAUAUCAGAAUAUAAGCAUUUAAUACGUAUGCAGAAUUUACUAUCUGAAAGAAAUGAUUUUGUUUUUUA